GGUGUUCCGUCCUCCUUUUUCAAGAUGUCGGUGUACGGGCCAGUGGUGAAAAUUCACCCCGUCGUUCUCGCUUCCAUCUGCGACUCUUACGAGCGGAGAAACGAGGGAGCGAUUCGCGUGAUUGGAACACUUUUGGGAACUGUUGACAAGCAUUCUAUUGAAGUGACCAACUGCUUCUCUGUCCCCCACAAUGAGUCUGAAGAUGAGGUGGCUGUGGACAUGGAGUUCGCCAAGAACAUGUAUGAUCUCCACAAGCGGGUUUCCCCCACUGAGGUCAUCAUCGGCUGGUAUGCCACGGGCUAUGACAUCACAGAACACUCUGUGCUCAUUCACGAGUACUACAGCCGCGAGGCCACCAACCCCAUUCACCUGACCGCAGAUACAGCACUGCAGAGUGGCAAGAUGAACAUCCGCGCUUAUGUCAGUGCACAGAUGGGUGUGCCAGGAAAGACCGUUGGUGUGAUGUUCACCCCGCUCACUGUCAAGUAUAUCUACUAUGACACAGAGAGGAUAGGCGUGGACCUUCUACAGAGGACACGUUUAAUCCCAGGUCGCAACAAGGGACUGGCCUCAGAUCUGUCCCAGGUGGCUGGAGCUGCAUCCAGGAUACAGGACAUGUUAACCACUGUGCUUGCAUAUGUUGACGAUGUACUGUCUGGUAAGGCGACAGCAGACAACAGCGUCGGCCGUUUCCUGAUGGACCUGGUCAACAAGGUGCCCACCAUCUCAGCUGAGGACUUUGAGAACAUGCUCAACUCCAACAUCAACGACCUGUUGAUGGUGACCUACCUAUCAAACCUGACCCAAGCACAGAUCGCCCUUAAUGAGAAGCUGGUGCAGCUCUGAUUCUUUGAAGUGAUUCAUAUUUAAUUUUUGUACACUUUCUUUUUUUUUUUUCUUUUUGGCUGAGAUGAAGAAGAAUAAAGAUGUUAAACAGUC